AUUUCCGGUAUGGAACUAUGCGUGGCGGGAAGCGGGUAAUGCAAACUUCUCCAGCCUUGGACCGACGUUAAAACGACAGUAGCAGUCGGUAAUGAAUACAACCGUAGAGCGGAAACGGCCACCGCCGGUGAAAGUGUUGUCCAGUCAGCUGAGGACGGCAGAGAGCCGGGGGACCGCAGCAGACAGCGGGGAUGGUUAUGUUAUCAGGCCGGGCAGGGGUCGCUCUCUGCCGGUCUCUCUGGUGUGGAUGCAGGGGACCGUCCUGGAGGUCCAGCUGGACACAAACACCGUCCUACUGAUGGAUGAGACGGGCACCUUCGCUGUUCAAGGCGUCAAUAACAUCCCCAAAGGGAAACCAUGUUUGGCCCAAGGCAAAUAUGUCAUGGUGAUGGGUGUCAUCACGGCCGUCUCCCCGGAGCCAGUCAUCCGCGCCGUGAAGAUGGCAGACCUCUCUGAGCUCUCCGCGCUGCACAGACGGAUGUGGAAGCUUGAGGUGGAGGAGCUGCAGCAGGUGCUGGCCUGAACGCAGAGCUGCUGGUGGAAAACGCCGCCUCGCCGAUGGCAGGACGACCUGCUCCUGUCAUGUGGGUCCAGCUGGGUAUAUGCAGCAUUGAAGUGGUUCUUGACAAAUGGAAAAAAACUACCUCAAAGGACUGAACAGCGGAUUCUACUUGAUGUCAGGCUUCUGACUGGGAGGUGUGAUGCAAGAGUGACUAAGACUGAGAAAACUGACUUGUGUUUGUGCAUUCAGUAUUUAUGCUGUGAAGCGUGAUGCUUAGUUUCCCCACUGGGCUCCGACAGCAAGGAGGUCAGAGUCUCGAAGAGAAGAAGUGGAGCUGUAGGCCUCGUGUUACCUCUAAAAAUGAUCUGCCAACGCUUCGGGGAGAAAAAUAACACCCAGAUUUGGAAGCGUCUUGGAAUCGUUAACUUACUAUACGAAGUAUCUUGUCCGAUUUUACCACUAGCAUCAUCUUUGUAAUAAUUUGGCAUUCAUUCAGAGCUGAUAUAAGAUGGUUGUGCAAAUAUUAAAUAAAGAUAACACGGAUUUUCAAGUACAUACUGCACCAGGAUGGACAUUCAAAUCUGUUUUUCAAGGACAAAAUAUUAAACUUGAUUUCUGCAGAAAACAAAUAAAGCAAAAAA